AAGGAGGCUGGGCAGAGGGAUACCUGGUGCGGUCCAGUUCCCAGAACUGUUUUCUGACUGCAUAGCACACACACACACACAAAAUGGUCAAUGGAGGGGGAAAAUGUCUACGCACACUUCGCUUUUUGUCCCUUCCACUUUUGAAAUCAUGUGCGCGCUGCUCAGUAGUGAUACUCGCAGCGAUGCAAUUGUGCACAAGGCAGAAAGUAAAUUUUAGAUCUCUUAGGUGCUUUGGUGGGGUGGGUUUUUGUAAAAUAAAUAAAUAAAAAAUCACAAAGUGCUUUUGCAUUUAAUGAAGUUGACGAAACUGGAAAACUCUCUUUCUUGACUCUUGCUUGUGUUAAAAGUAGAAGGUGUGGCUGCCAAGUCGCAAUUUGCCUCUGUUUUAUAAUAUUGCCGUACAUUUCCUGUUUUUGCCACAGUGUGAUCUUCCAUUGGUUCUGGUGGAUGUGUUUUUGUUUUGGGGGUAUUAUAGAUGGUAAAGAUGGAUGACUAGUUGCUUCCUUUACCCACCCACCCACUUCGUUGGUGAUAUUACAGUACAUGCCGUAGUGUUCUCUGAAUAUAGACCUGGCAAACUAGUGUGUGGUAGACCUGCUCCUAACUCCACAUGCGGCUUCUGUGAGUAUUCAGGAGCUCUGCAGAUUUGCCCCCACUUCUCAAGAUGUAUAUGUUGGUUGAAGACCACUCAAACUCUGUUCUUCAUUUGACGAGAUCACCUGGUAUCAGAUCUUGGUCUCUCCUUGUAGGGAUCUCCUCUGUAGGUCUGGCUGCUGCUUACUAUAGUGAAGACAGCUUGGGAUGGAAACUCUUUUAUCUUGCUGGCUGUCUCUUCGUAGCUGUGCAAAAUCUGGAGGAGUGGGAGGAAGCUAUAUUUCAAAAGAAUUCGGGAAAAGUUUUCCUAAAGACAUUCAACCUUUACAAGAAGCUGCUGACCCUGUCAAGGGCAGGUCACGAACAAGUGGUGGUUCCAUUGAAUGAAAUUCGGGCUGUGAAUGUGGAAGAGGAGAAAGUACGCUACUUUGGGAAGGGCUACCUAGUUGUCCUGAGAUUUGUCACUGGGUUUUCACACCCUUUGACACAGAGUGCAGUGAUGGGCUGCAGAAGUGAUGUAGAAGCUGUGGCCAAGCUCAUUACUGGCUUUCUGGAGCUGAACAAAGUUCCACCAAACAAGUAUAUUCCACCAAACAAGUAUAUUGAGAACAGCAGUGAAACAGAUGUCAGUGAUGAAGAGGUAUCCUUCCCAGAAAUCUACGGUAGCAGCUGUUUAGAGGGACCAGACGAACCUGAUUUUUAAAGCCUUCCUUUCAUCCCCAGUGAAGUGAAUCUUUUAUAAGAAUUUCCUUAAAUGUGGUUUUAGAGAAACAAAACUGAGCAAAGCUAUUGGCCUGGUUUAGAUGAUCACCUAGGACAGCCUUGAAUUUGAGCACUUCCACUUUACCUCUGUGUGCGAGAGAGGAGUGAAAGCUUUUGUUUCCAUGUUGGAACAAACCAAAGUUUUGUAUUACAUUGGGGAUUGUGACUUGUUCUGAAACUAUGGUUUGAGCCGGAUUGUUUUUUUAUUUUUUUUAAGAACAAAGCACUGUUCAUAAAUAAUGUUGACCUGUGGUUUUAAGUGUAAGCUUUUGCUCUCCUCUUGUGUUGUGAAGGAGAAGAGGGACAAGGGGAGCCCAAGGCACGCCGCAGUUAGUUCCUGAUAAUUUAAACCAUGGUUUAGAUGACCUCCCGAACCCAGACCUUUAUGUUGCCUUCAGAAGACUUGUUAGCUCAUUGGUGAGAGACUAGUAUCUUCAUUUUUAUAUUUUGCCAUGAGUUUGGUGACAGCAGAUGAACUUUCUAUUACUGCUGUAGAAGUAUGGUUUCUACGUGUCAACAUUUAUUUUUUUUUUUUUAUAUUCUAUUCUUCAAAGGAAAUUUCCAGUGUAGUAAUAGAUAUACGAACUAUGGAUUUUUUUAUUUAAAAAACCCACACAACAGUGGAAGAUAUUUUUGCAUGUUGGGGCUGUAGGUACGAGUCCAACCUUUCAAGAUGUUACUUUAAAAAAAAAAGGAAGAUGGGAAAUUUCAAAGUGAUUUAGCCAGUAAGUUUUAUUUUUUUAUUAUAAAAAAGUAUUAAGAUCUAUGUCAGGGUGGAUUCUGUGCCCCUCUGAAUCUUCCAGGACUCCAGGUCCAAUGAACCUUUGCCAGCAAGGCCAUGCUUGCUGGGGUUGUUAGGAGCUAGGAGUCCAGGAACAUUCAGAGGGCUGUGGAUUCCCUGAUCUGCCUUUGGUUUUGAGUUUUUUUCAAAAAAUAUAUACCUCAUUUUCUAAGAGCUUUUAAAUGUCUUGAUUUACAUGUAUCCUUUUGUUUUCCUAUUCAUGGUCGAUACUUUAUGAACAGCUAAGGGUAGAAGAUUGUAAAUGCUUGCCAAGCAGAAAUUUUACUUCUGAUCACUCCUGCUACUCUUAAGUAUUCUUCAGGUGUCAAUUGCAACAGUAAAAAUGUUUUAUAAAGUGGCGUUUCAGCCUUUAUACAAUUUUUUGUAAAGGUCCCUGUACUGUUUGGAUAUCCAGUGUUAAUAUUUCUUAUCGGAUCCUUGAUUCUUAUGGAACUUUCUUCUUUUAUGUUUCCUUUUAACUAUAACAUGUAUACAAGUAUGUAUAUUUGGUUUUUAAAAGUACUAUUAACAAAUUUUGUAAGAAGCUAAAAAAAAAAAGCUUCCCGCAGGUACUUGUACAUUUCAAAUAGGGCACAAUGAAUGGUGAAAAAGAAUGCAUCAUUUAAGUACACGAAACUUGUAACUCUUAAGAUAAUACGUGUAAUUGUAAGUAUUCUAUAAAAUUUGAGAGGCUAUA